AUGCCUGCCAGAGCAGCACGUCCUUCUCUAAAGACAUCUCCGAGCAGUGGGAGUUCUUCCACUCAUCCCUGGAAAAAGACCAGCCGACUCAUAUGCGCUCCAGGCUCACCGCUCGCCAGGGCGAGCAAGGCGGGUCUGUUCUUCCUGCGGCUGUCUAACGGCAGCUUCUCGGAGCCUGCUGCACGCGUACUCAUCAACGACGGCGGCGUCGAAAGGGUGGACAAGACGAUCACGGCGAAGAUGGAUUUCGGCAUCUUCGAUUUCAUGAACUGGGCUAACAACAUCCCCGUGGAGGAGCUACUAUCUGGUGACGACACCGAUUCUACUGAGUUUCAGUUCCUCAACGGGACCAUGCAUACGGUGGUGUGGAUCUGGGUGCAGCAGUUGGUUGUGAAAGUCCAGUAA